GAUAUUAUCGUGCAUCCCUAGUUGUGAUCACUUUGAACCCUCUUGUCUUUGAACACGAGUUCAUAUUCACACAUAGACAUAAGUCCAGCUUAUGAGCAGCGGCCAACUGUUAAUGGUUCUCCGAGCUAGAGAUAACUUUUAUAGGAUGGUUAAAAAGCUACAGUAGGUAGACAUUCUCUGAUUGCCUGUACAGAUAAUUUCAGUGAGUAUAUUAGUGCUGUGCAAAGCUCUCCUGUGAUGCCAACACAUUGGUGCCCUCAUUUCAGCCACAAGCAUUGCGUUUAAGUGUGUAGAAUUUAACGAUAGUCUAAAUUCCCACCAAAACAUAAUUUCUCAUGCAGUUUCCUUACUCUGUAUUUCUGACACUACUAUAGUAGCAAAUGUAGGUUUUAUUAGGAAGCAAACAUGGCUUGAUGACGCAUCUAAACGACUCCUUAAUAACAGACAUUCAUGGUAUGCUGAGGCUCAUCUCUUACCCCUGCCGCCGUGUGCCCCCCUCAGUGUAAAGAUUUGCUUUCACUGAUAGAUCUCUGAGCAGCUCAGUGUGAAGGUGUCAUGGAGGCUAGUGUGGCGGUAACCCUGCGUUGACUUGGACAAGUAAUCUGUGAGGUCAGCAAAACGUAAUCGUCUUUACCUCAGGCUUUACAAGUGUUCCCUGGCCUUAGCCCUUGUGCCACUCAACAGCAUUUCCUGGUUUCUGUCCCACUGCCUGGUCUGACUAUGAACAGGUUGAGCUUAUUAGUGUGAAUUUGUGUAGUGCUGCAGAAUACCAUUUUUGAUAGGUUUCCAAAACCGUCAGAUAGAAUGCAAGAUAGCAUCCUGUGUUUAUGUGCCAGAUAUGACCUUGCAUUGGAUAGUUUGAGACAGAAUAAUGUAAUGUCUUUUGCAUGAAUGUUGGGGGAUAAGUAUUAGUGAGGCUUCUGAGUUCAGUCCAGACGUUUUGAUUUGCAGCUGAAAAUGUACUGGUUAUAAGUUGUGGAUGAUGAGUGAGUUGGCCUGCUUCCACCCAUUCCUGAUUCUGGCAGUGAUUUUACAGCAGAUAGAUAGAUAUACAGAGACAGAGACAGAGACAGAAGGUUCUUCUUGGCAUUGCACUUUGACUGCCAUGUUUGCUUGACCUUUCUAUAAAAGUGCCACAUGGCUCACUGGACUGUUUCCAUCACUUGUCCUGCUGAAACACCUUCAGCACAUCUCAGUUUGAUUAGAACUAGUUUGGCCAGUUGUGACUGGCAAUGAGGGCAAUGAUGAGCUACAGCAAAUAAGCGCACAAGACACCGGGUGAGGGGAAACCCGUGUCACUUCAUGUAGUGUGUAAACCACCACAACUUUAAGAUUACACAUCACAAGACAGCAAGUUGUGUAGUUUGAACGGUACAGCAAUCUGACAACUUUGAAAGGCAUGUACUAUGUCCGUGGCAUAACUCUCAGCAGAUCUCUUAACUUGCAGUAUUUUGACAGUCCUACAUCACUUGUAACUUAGUCACUUUGUAUGAAAGUGUGCUAAAUGAAUACAUGUAAAUGUGAAUAUAACACCCCUCUGGUUUUACAGCAGUCAGUCAUGGCAGAGCCCAACCGGCCCCAGCGAAAAUUGUCCACCUCGGGGGACAGCUUAUACAAGGUGCUAGGACUGGAAAAGGGGGCGUCUGCUGAUGACAUUAAACGAGCCUACAGGAAACUCGCUCUGAAGUACCAUCCGGACAAGAACCCAGAAAAUCCAGAGGCGUCAGAGAAGUUCAAGGAGAUCAACAAUGCCAACUCUAUACUCAACGACGACACCAAAAGGAAGAUCUACGACGAGUAUGGCUCCAUGGGCCUGUACGUGUCGGAGCAGUUUGGUGAAGAGAGCGUCAAGUACUACUUCCUCAUGUCCAAGUGGUGGUUUAAGGCACUCUUCUUGUGCUGCACGCUCUCGUCCUGCUGCUGCUGCUGCUGCUGUUGCUGCUUCUGCUGUGGCAAAUGCAAGCCACCGGAGGACGACGAGAACUACCAGUACGUGAACCCCGAGGACCUGGAGGCCCAGAUCAAGGCUGAGGAGCAGGGCGGAGGAGGUGAAACAGUAAUCAUUGUGCAGCCAAUUCCCAGUCCAGGCCCAGAAAACCCCAGUGAGACUCUACCGGAGUCAAAAUGACUCGCCGUGGCGCCCCUAUUGUGAUCCAGCCGCAUUCCACUGUCAACACCUCGGAGACCACCCACUUUGCAGCGAGGCAGCCCAACUAUGCCAACCAGCAGUGAGACACACCCACCCCCACCCCAUCUGUGGCCUGGAACCAGGUCCUCCAACUCGGCCACAGCCCCACGCCAACCUACCCCACCCCACCCCACCAAUGGACAUGUGUGGCCCCUUUACGAGUCUUAUGGUGUGGGGUGCCCCGUUGUCCAUGCCAGUGUGGGCACCAGUGCCAUCUUCCUCACACUAAGGCACUGGAUACUGAGUUUGCAGUAUGCCACAAGAGACAGGGACUCUUUAUACUGCUGUGCUCACUUCCUUUCACCCACAUGCAUGGACAUACGAACACACACACACAUACACACACACACACUCACACACACUUGCGUACACACACUGACAUGGAACAUACACAUAGUGUAUGCAAACAUGCAAAAUAACCUCUCCCUGGUCUGACUAUUCUUAAAUGUUUUAUUUUUCUUCCACCGUACCCCACUAAGUAUAGCUGCUGUAGGAGGCUAUGCUUGAUGGGAGAUGCUCUCUUUUUGCAUUGUUUUCUUCCUCCCUUCUGUUCUCCUCUUGCUGCCCACGGUGGGUCUGACUGGUGAGGCCAACCUGAUUAACUAGCAUGGAUGUGACAAGAAAAAUGAGGGCUCGCCAAAAGUGCAUGCAUUACAUAUAGUGCAUGCUUUUAACUGUACAGCUCUGGUUCAUGCUCAAGCCCACACACACACACACAAACUCUCAUGUCACCCAUCUAUCGCCCUGUGCAAAAGUGGGGGUACCAGCAAAUUGAGCGCUCUCCCUAACAGAGAGAAAUAGAGUGAUGGGAGAGUAGUGAGAGUGACUGGUCAUUAUUUCAGAUCAACACCCUUCUAGUGGACCAGUGUUCCCUGUGUCGUCUUCAGAAGGUGUUCGGUUUUACCAACCAUUCAGGAGCCGCGGCCAAAGCCUCCCUAUGUCUCGGACAAAGCUUUGAUUCCCAACGCAUUUCAACGGAAGUCUCCUUUUUAACACUACACAUUAAUUAAUUAUUUUUUUUUGUUACGACAUUGCACAGAUUUUAUUUGGUUCUAUGUGGUUUUGGAAUUUAAAUCUUUUAUUGAUUAGAUUGCAAACUGACAACUUUUAGCCGUCUAGCAACUGUAGCCAUUCGAAUUUCAGAUUAGUCUGUAGUUUUUCACAGGUGUAGUUGGCGACUGAAGAGGUCAGAGGUCAAAACCCCUAGAGAUACCAUGCCAAAUUCCAAAGCACUGCUGGGUGUUGCUUUUCUCGGUACAUUUUUAAGACAAACCUAUUUAUUAUGCAAGGACUUCCUUGGUUUCUCUUGAACAAAAUGCAGUUGUUUUGGUGAUCUUAAUGUGUCUGUGUUCACGCUUCCCUCUUUGUUUUUGGUUGAGGUCCUCUGUCGUGUCUGUAACCUUGAAUCAGCUGUUAAUUGUUCAACUGGUCUCUUCGUCCAUGUCGGUGUUGUAGAAAAACAUUAUUUACCCCCACUAAUUGACUGUUGAGUAUAUAUUGAUAUCACGUCAAGCCAAAAAAUAUCAUUAUACUCAAUUGCAAUGUAUCUGAAUAAACAAGAGACAGACUAACUAACCCUACGUUACAUCGGUACUAUACACAUGUAUGCUAAUAUUGUUGUGCUAAUCAUCUAGAAGCCGUUCCGAUGAGGGACUGGAUGUAUCGCCAUGUCUUACUGUGCAAUGCGAGAGACCCAGUUCAUCAGAAGGGAGUGCAUUUGAUCCUUGCAUCCAAGGGGCCAUUUAUCUGAUUGGGGUUUUUUUUUUCGACCUAAAGGUAACGUCUUUUUUUUCUUUUCUUUUUUUUUUACCUCGUUGCAACUUGAUUUGUGAGCGUCUUUUCAGCGGGGGCUCGCUCAUAAGCUCUCUUGUCAUCAAUCACCAUCCCUGUCUCCCGCUCUCAUUCUCCCAAUCUGAUCCAUUUGCUAUUUGGCCCGUGGGAUGUAAAUCUCAUCUUUUACACAAACAGGCCAAUAUCUUAUCCCUGCCAAUCUGCAGCCGCUGUAAACGCUCCCCUCUGUGCGUAAGCCACUAAGCCACCGGCAAUGCCAUUUCAACCCCUGUGGAAACGAUAUAUUUUUUAAAGAAUCGUGCUCAUAUUUUAAAUACAUGUUGAUUUCUUAAACAUCGAAAUUAAUCUGUUUUGUUUUUUUGUUAGUUUUUUCCCUCAAAUGCAAUGCACCCAUACUAACUGCGUAUGUGUAUAUGGGGGUAGUGCAGACAUGACCCCAGCCAAAUGCAGGCAUGCGACUAGACUGCCCUGCUCGAACGCCCCAAUGGCGGCCCGGCUCAAGUCAUGAGGACUGAGGCCUCUAUAGGCUUCAACGCCAGGGAGAAAGAGUGCAAGUACUCACUGUAGGGUCCUCGCCCACUAAAAUCUUUUUUGUCUUAUUUGUCAUCGCUUUCUUUAUGUUACUGUUCAUAACAUUACAAGUCCUGAGUGGACAGAAGACCUGUAAAUGUGUAUUUAUAAAAUUGAAAAAUCUAAAUGAAUAAAAAUGUGGGGGGAUUUGUAAAUGUU